UCUUCUUCUAUAUAUACCUCUCUCAUCUCUCAUUACUUUUACUAUAUCUCUAACCUCUUAAUACUAUUUGUUAUCAAGAAUUGAAAAAUCUGUUUCCAGUUCUGAGCGCUCUCUUUUGCUUUCUGGUUUUUGAAUUUUGAUUUCAUAAUUUUGUUGUGUAUUUGGGUUUUGGUUAGUGAAUAAGGGAAGAUUUGAUCAGAGAGAUAUGGGUAAUACUGCGCAUUUCGUGUUUGGAGUGUUUGGAAAUGCUAAUGGGUUGUUGCUGUUUUUGGCACCAACGAUUACGUUUAAGAGGAUCAUCAUGAGCAAAUCCACCGAACAAUUCUCAGGCAUUCCAUACGUCAUGACCUUGCUCAACUGCUUGCUUUCUGCUUGGUAUGGCAUGCCUUUUGUUUCACCACACAACAUGCUAGUCUCAACCAUUAAUGGCACUGGUGCAGCCAUUGAGGCCAUCUAUGUGUUCAUCUUCAUCAUAUUUGCACCAAAGAAAGAGAAGGGCAAGAUCCUAGGACUUCUCAUCUUUGUGCUCAGCGUGUUCACUGCAGUCGCCCUCAUUUCCAUGUUCGCUCUUCAUGGCAAAAACAGAAAGAUCUUCUGCGGUCUAGCUGCCUCCAUCUUCUCCAUCAUCAUGUACGCUUCCCCUCUAUCAAUCAUGAGGAUGGUGAUCAAAACCAAAAGUGUGGAGUUCAUGCCAUUUUUCUUGUCGCUGUUUGUGUUCUUAUGCGGCACUUCCUGGUUCGUCUUUGGACUGCUCGGAAAGGACCCUUUUGUUGCUGUGCCUAAUGGUUUUGGUAGCGGUUUAGGAGUGAUUCAGUUGAUCUUAUAUGUCAUAUACCGCAACAACAAGGGUGAAGCCAAGAAACCUCCUAAUACCGAUGGAUCGCUGGAGAUAGGACUGGAAAAGUCCCAGCCCCAUGAAGAGAAGCAAUCGAGCUAUGAAGAGAAGCGAUCGAGCAAGUAGCAAUUGCGGCACUGGCACAUCAAGACCGGGGAUUGUAGGGAGUGCAAUUAGACAAUUGUACUAGUAGUAGUAGUAGUACCCACAUUCCCCAUUUGAUGCUACUCUAUAGUGUUCUCUGUUUUUUUUUCAGAAUUUUAUUAGCUUACCUAACAUCGUGUCUUUGGUUCUGUAGUUUUUGUGCUACCACUGAAGACAAAUGCCAAUUAGAGGUCACAAAAUGCUACAAAUAACAAAUAUAGGAUAUGUCGGUGAAUUUGGAUGUAUGUUUUGUGGUAAUGGGUUUUCAUGUCACUUUGGUGUU